CUAGCCCGCGGCUGGGAUCUGUACUCUAUCUCCUUUCCGCCUACCUCUUGCCGCACAAGGUUCCCCAGCAGCUGAGGUUCCAGGCUCCUAGCACUCCAAACUGCGGUCAGAGGAUCCUGUGGGAGGAGGACUCAGCUCUCAUCCGCCAUGGAGCUGGCCCGCCCCUGCUCCAACUUUCAAUCAGACUUGGAUUUCUGCCCAGAUUGUGGCUCCGUCCUGCCGCUGCCUGGAGUUCAGGAUACUGUCAUCUGCCCUCGCUGUGGCUUCUCCAUCGAUGUGCGAGAUUUUGGAGAGAAGGUUGUGAAGACCUCAGUAGUGUUCAACAAACUGGGGACUGUCAUACCUAUGUCUGUGGAUGAGGGACCUGAAUCCCAGGGACCAGUGGUUGACAGGCGCUGCCCCCGAUGUGGUCAUGAGGGAAUGGCAUACUACACCAGACAGAUGCGCUCAGCUGAUGAAGGACAGACUGUCUUCUAUACCUGUAUCAACUGCAAGUUUCAGGAAAAGGAAGAUUCUUGACCCCUUUUUCUGGCAGCUCAGUUGCAGUCCUUUCCUCCUCUUGGACGUGAAGAUUCUGGUCUUUGAUGCCUUCUUGGUCUCCUCCGGUUAUCAGGCUUUGUUUUCAGAAUAAGAUCAUCAACCCAGAGUACUCCUUCCCCUUGUCGAAUUUACUAAAGUUAUUUUUCUAUGAAACUU